AUGUCCCAACCUCCAGGAUAUGCAGAUCCCAGAUAUCCGAAUUAUAUCUGCAAACUACGUAAAGCACUUUAUGGCCUCAAACAAGCUCCUCGAGCUUGGAAUGUCACUCUCAAAUCUGCCUUGCUUUCCUGGGGCUUCACCAACAGUAGAUCAGACACAUCCUUGUUCAUAUAUCACCAAGGUCCAUCCAUCAUCCUCCUGCUGGUUUAUGUCGAUGAUGUCAUUGUCACUGGAAAUAAUGUUGCUUUAAUAGACAGUCUUGUUGCCACAUUGGAUAAAACGUUUGCGUUGAAAGAUCUUGGCUUGCUAAGUUAUUUUCUCGGCAUCCAGGUCACUCAUCUCCCUUCCGAAGUUCUUUUAACUCAGGAAAAAUACAUAGAUGACGUGUUGCGUAGCCUGGAUAUGGAGGGUUUAAAGCCAGCUCCCUCCCCCACUGUAUUGGGCAAAUACUUGUCAAUUUCUGAUGGAGAACCCAUGAGUGAUCCAUUUUUGUACAGGAGCACUAUUGGCGCCCUUCAAUAUCUCACCAACACUCGGCCAGACAUCGCGUAUAUCGUUAAUCACCUGAGUCAAUUUCUCAAACAGCCCACCGACAUACAUUGGCAAGCUGUGAAGCGGGUGUUACGCUACUUAAGUGGUACAAAAGACAUGGGCCUCCACAUCCAACCAAAUGACACGGUCUCUCUCACAGCUUAUUCUGAUGUAGACUGGACAUCAAACAUUGAUGAUCGCAAAUCAAUUGCUGCUUAUUGUGUUUUCUUUGGAAACACUCUUGUCACGUGGUCGUCAAAGAAACAAACGACUGUUGCUCGCUCCAGCACUGAGUCCGAAUAUCGUGCUCUUGCUCAUGCUUCCGCUGAAAUUAUAUGA